AUGCCAGAUAUUGAUUUAACAAUUUCAUCACCAGUACCGUCUGCUUGUCCCAGUCAAUUUGUGACUCCACCACCAUCUUUUCAAGAACCAGCAAUUCCUGCAUGUGGUCAGCCAAUCACUUCUUUUUUUCAACAACCACACAAUCCUGUUAAGCAGCCAAUAAUUCUGCAACCAUUCACACCUGCUCAGCAGCCAAUAAUUCAGCAACCGAUUACUCCUGUUCAACAGUCAAUCACUCCUCUUCAGCAGCCAGUCACUUUUGUUCAGCAGCCAGUCACUCCUGUUCACCAGCAAAUUACUCCUGUUCAGCAAUCACUCACUUCAGUACAACAAUUGACUGCUCAGUCACACUUUAUUCAUCAGCCAGUUACUGCUCCAUCAGGAACUCCACCUUUGUCAGAUUCUCCACCACCACUUCCUCCACCUACAUGUAUAUGUAAUUUGCCACCAACACAAAGGCAGUCACCAGUAUUUCAAGAGCCGUUACUGCUAGACCCAGAUGAUGUAGUUCGUAAAUAUCCCAAGUACAGAAAUACAUCACAAGCAGGAAGUCCAGCUGUAAGAUUAGCUAUUGAAUCUUAUUUUGGCACAGAAAUGUUAAGACAAUGCACAGUAUAUGGACUUAAAGGUAAUAAACAAUUACCAGUAGAGAAAGUUGAGGCCUUAAAGCAAAAGAUGCUAACUUUUUAUUGA